CAGCCUGUUUCUGAUUGAACAACAUAGUUACCGACAGACUCCUUCCAGACACCACAACUAGCACUAUAGACCUUUGCAACAUGAAUUUUCUGACCAUGAAAAGCAGCACAGCUUGCCUGUUCUUACUUCAUCUUUCAAGCUGUUACACUGGACCGGUCCGUUCGCCUCGUACGACUGCAGUGAAAUUACAUGAUGUCCUGGCUAACAUCCAAGGAGUGGCUCGCAACGACCAGCCGAGUCAAAUACAAGAUUAUCUUAUUCCAAUUGAAGAGAAUAAUGGAGACUUUUCUGACACCACUAACGAACCUUUCGUACACCAAUUUGCGUUUCAAGACUUUGGCGUUCAAGAACCGGAACGGGUUACCCCUACUUUAACUUACUUCUCUUUGCCUGCUGUUUCUAAUGGUGAGACCGAACAGCCAGCAUUACCAUUGGAUGCCAACGUCAUUCACAGCCACCUACCCAAUUCAGGUUCUAUUGAAACUGAGAUUCUAUCGGAUGUUCAAGAGCCAACACAGAACCUGGAAGAGCCUCAUUCCGGAAUUGUUGGCGAGCAAGAGCCUGUUAGUGAUCAUCUGGUCGUCCUACCGAUAGAAACAACUGAACUCUAUCAUUUACCAACUGUUGCAGUACCUUCUGAUCCAGCGGAGCUGCCUCUAAUGUAUCCACUUGUGCUGCGUGUCCCAAUUGCUCCGUCAGCCGCAUCCGCUACUAUUGCCCAUUCGCCUCAGGAAACAAUAUUACCGUUCACGACAGAGAAAGUGGAAAUCAGUUCCUCACCUGAAGCUCUGUAUCAUUCAUCAGCCACUUCUGGACCGAAGCAAUGGAUCAGUGUCGACGCUCUUCCGCUGGACUUGGAUCCUAGGGCGCAGACAACAUCGUCCUCCCUAAUCACCGACUCCCAGAUUAUCCAAGUCGAUCAACCCAAAUGUCAAUCAAACAUCUCGUACGAGCUCUUCACUACAGACAAUCCAAAUGGAAAAAAGAGCAACUCUUCCGGUCUUCCGGUCGGAACUCAUCGUUCUAAACUGAGGGAGCUGCGUGUUCCUCCUGUAUCAAACACGAAAGAAAAUUUUGGUGUUCAAAUCAAUUGGGAUGAAUUUAUGUAAUUGUGUUUCAUUCUUUUGUCUGUACUUUUUAAUGUUAUUCUUGGUUUUUAACUAUUUCUAUUUUAUUCAAUUUCAUGGUUCUAAACUAUUGAGAUGCCUCGAAAUGCCUGGAUUAAUAGUUGUAAAAUAUUCAAAUUUCAAAUUCACAAAUUCAAUUAAAGAAAAACAGUGAUAUUACGUUUCAAAUUUUACCCGCGAAAUAAGAGCUACUGAAAUGCUGAAUAGUAAAACCCCCAACGUACUUAAUCGUCUGCUAUCUGAGUGAGUUGAUUAAGUCAGUCAUUCGGUUUCGCACUACUUGUGGUAUUAGCCGUAAGAAAAGAAUCAAUUGCGCUGUAUUUAUUUAUUACUGCACGGCACUGUAGAUGGUUUAACGGGGCAGUUAGCAUUUCAGUCUUGAAAAUGUUCUGGUGUGACACUAACAAGGUGUUCAUUGAAAGGUGACGGCAAUUUUCUCCUUGAGAAACGCUAGGCUGAUAAUACGCCUCCAGUUUUGUUGCCAGGUGUUAAUGUCACUUCAUCAGUUCUUUUGUGGAUGUGAAAGUGGAUGCCAAGGGGUUUCACAGUGGAUAGGAGUGUCAGGAUUGGGUGUUGAGAUAGUUUUUGUUCUCUCCACCACUUCCUUGACUCCGUAGUACCAUCCAUUGAAGCCGGUCAUCAUGCUGCGACGUUUUACUAUCCCACCCAAUCGAACAGACCCAGCAACAUGUCGGAUUGUCCAAAACUAGGCUGAAAAUACUCCCCCAGUUUUAUCGUCAACCUACUCCAUGUGGUAACAUCACAUCAUGAGGUACCACAGGUGGAAGGAUUACUGUAAAGUAGCUGACAAGGUGGAUAACAUGUCAGGAUUGGAUGUUAGUUUUCUGGAGAGUUUUUCCUCGCCACCAUAUCUGUCACUCCAAACCAUCCAUUGAAACUGAAGUAGGCUAGUCAUCAUGGCGCGACAUUUUACCACCCCACCCAUCGAACAGACCCAUCGCCUCAUCCAAAAUCCGUCAGCUGGCUGCUAGCCACCAUCGCGGAGAAUUGCUGAAUUUCAACCGACACCGGGAAAGGACUCGCUCGCUCCCCUUUGUAUUACCUCGAGCGUCUUAUAUGCUCCUCCUCUGCGAUUGGUUGACACCAAGUCGAAACUUCUCAUCGGAUCAAUACGCUGCCGGUUGGAUCGAUCCUUGUCUCGCCCAGCUGUUCUUCUACCCUCCUGCUCGUGUCCCGUCAACUUGUCGGACGUGAAUCUUUCAGUGCCCACCGUGACGGAAGUUUCGUGCCGGUUGCUUGGCGCUGCGCUGGAUCGAUUGGAAUGGUCUGCUGGACGGAGAAGAAGAAGUCAGCAGUUGUCGUGAAUCACUCGGGAAACAACCAGGAUCAAUAAUCGACAGCAAUGCAAGUCCAGCGCAACGCCAAAAAGUGUAAAUUCCAAGAGGAGCCGUCCAGUUAUCGGCCGGAAGUGAAUAAUCAGAUGGAGCCGCCCCCUCUUCCGGCUGAUCCUUGCCCACUCCUCCGUCCUUUCUGUCAUCAGGUGGGAGGCCACACCCAGUUCCUGCAGCUGGAUCAAUCCACCGUCUGCAAGCCUUUGAUCCCGCGGGAGUUGAGUUUCUACCUGAACGCUCCGCCGGACAUCCGCACCUUCACGCCAAAAUGCAAAGGUGUGAUUCAGACGUGGUACCAAGAAGGCCGCCAAUACUGGAGGCGAUUCGCCAUUGAUGAGAUCAGCGUCACGGCCGAACAUUCGGAAAUUUCGUCGCACCAUAACCGCCGACACGACGCCCCGUUGAGGAUAUCCCUGGCUGGCCAUGAAGCCAUUUCCUAUCAUCCGGCCCACACCUACACUGAUGGAUCAUCUCAAUUUUUCAUGAUGCUGGAAAAUGUGGCAUCGGCGUCCAAAUUCCAGAAUCCGUGCGUGCUGGACUUGAAGAUGGGCACCAGGCAGCACGGCGACGACGCUUCCGCCGAGAAACGCACCCGGCAGAUGGCCAAGUGCGCAGCCAGCACUUCCGCCUCGCUCGGACUCCGUCUAUGCGGCAUGAAGGUAUACGAUGCGACGACGGGAAACUUCGUUAGCAGAGACAAAUAUUUUGGCCGGCGGUUGGACGCUGACGGACUACGCAGGGCGCUGGUCCAGUUUUUCGCCAGCGGCGGAUCUCGACGUUCUGAAAUUAUCGACGCCAUUCUCGAUCGACUCCGGCUACUUCGCUUGGCCGUCGAAAAGCAGGAAACGUUUCGUUUCUAUUCGAGUUCCUUGUUGAUUGUCUACGAAGGAUGCGACGAAAAUCCUGAAUUUCUAUCCCAUCCGGACCUCUACUUCCUCAAUCCGGAUGCGGGAAAUGGCCGACGAUCCGACUCUGAUUGCGAGCUGGAUAGGAUACGCGACGAUGACCAUCCAAGUUACAAUCCGGAUAACAGGCUCACUUGUGACUCGCAAUCGCUGAAACGUCAGAAAGUUUCCGGCCUGCAGCAACCCAAACUGGAUUUCGACUCGCUGUCCAUCGCAGACACGUCGAGCGAAUACUUUUUGACGGACAGCUGCUGUGAGACCCAGUCGUUCAGUACGAGCCCAACACAAUCGGUGGACAGCGGACUGGAAUGCUACAUGAUGGAUCAAAGCUCUUCAUCUUCGAGCACCAGCGACUAUAGCAGCUGGACGAGUGUUAGUGGCUAUCAAGCUGGGAUCCAUUUCAAGAGACUGUUGCGGCAUUCAGCGCCUGCCAGGACGAAUUCGACGGGCUACGAAUGUGCUGACAACUCGGCCGACAGCACCGACAGUGGACUCUACUCACUGGCCGGCCAUCCGCAAGGGAAGAAGACGACAGUAUUGAAGCGAUCGGCUACCAUCAGCUACACGGACAGCGAGGAGGACAGCGAAAGUGACAUGACUUGGCAACAUCACCUGGAUGGUCAGCAGCAUCUUUCUCAACCGACGGAACUGUCCGGAUCACCGCCCGGCGAAGAUGAGGGCGAACUGACGCCCGUGUUGGAAGUCAGCCGGACCGAAGAGUUUAGCGACGCUGCCGGCGGAAGCCAAACGCAGAAGAAACGGCGAGUGAUGGAUGAAGACAAGAAACAAGUGCUGCUCGAUGCUGCUGCCAGCAGCAGCAAGCUGGACAAUAACUGCUGGUCGGACUGCGUCGAUGUCCGCAUGAUCGAUUUCGCCCACACAACUUUCUCCGGUUACCUGGGACUGGACGAACGGGUCCACUGGGGACCCGACAACGGAUACCUACUCGGUCUUGAAAAUCUGACGGACAUUUUAAGGGGAUUGCGAGGUUGUAGCUCCUAUGCUUAUCAGAAAAACACCCUAUGCCUUUCAUCUUAACUUGACAUCCUAUCAAGUGUGAUGUUAAACCGACGUACGAGUCCGAUAACCCAUAAUUGACAAGUACAAAUUUUUCUGUGAAACGAUUGUGAUCAUUUGCCGAAGACACUCUUCUUAUACCUCAAGAUCUGUUAAAUCAUAAAUUUCCAGGCUUGUCUACAAUAAGAGACUAAUUCGAAAGUAAAUGGAGAUGUGAGCUCCGCUAUUUCGUUUCAUUACUUUCAGAGUGGAUCGAUUUGACACUAUUGUUUCACGGAACGAAAACGUAUUUGCGUAAUUUGACUAAAUGUACAUAAUAUUUUACUCCAUCUAAAGUGAAAAUGUAAAAUAAAACGCUGAAAUGAAAUC